AUGUCCGCCACACUCCUCCGACAGAGCGUCUUACGUUCAGCUGUACGAUCCGCGGCUCCAUCGGCGACGAAGAGAGCUGCUCUUGCCGGCACCACCUUCACUCGCGGCAAGGCUACUCUUCCAGACCUGGCCUACGACUAUGGCGCCCUUGAACCUGCCAUCUCCGGCCAGAYCAUGGAGCUCCACCACUCCAAGCACCACAACACCUACGUGACCUCGUACAACACCCAGAUUGAGAAGCUGCAGGAGGCACAGCAAAAGGGCGACAUCCAGACGCAGCUUGCUACACAAGCAAUGGUGAACUUCCACGGAGGUGGACACGUCAACCACACACUCUUCUGGGAGAACCUCGCACCAAAAUCGCAGGGCGGUGGUGAGCCUCCCAAGGGUGCUCUCGCCAAGUCUAUCGACUCCCACUUCGGCUCGCUGGACUCUUUCAAGAGCCAAAUGAACACCGCACUCGCCGGCAUUCAAGGCUCUGGAUGGGCCUGGUUGGUGCAAGAUGUACAGACCGGCGCCAUCCAAAUCAAGACAUAUGCCAACCAGGACCCUGUCAUUGGACAAUUCCGCCCAAUUCUUGGAAUUGAUGCCUGGGAGCACGCAUACUACCUGCAAUACCAGAACAAGAAGGCCGAAUACUUCAGCGCAAUCUGGGACGUGAUCAACUUCUCUGCCGCUGAGAAGAGACUCAAGUAG